AUGUCGUCCACGGAUUACAGCUACGAUGAGCAGGGCCAAUUUUUCCCAUACUUCGUCCUCACGCUCACCGGCCUCGUCACUCUCCCUCUCACAUACAGUUUCCUGAAGCCACCGAAGAAGCCCGAAUCUACUGCUCCAAGAAUAAGCUCGGACUUCAAACCCCAACAAGAUGACCUCGUUCAAGGCCAGAAGCGGAAAAGGCUUCGCAAAGAACGCCGGGUUAAGCGCGCGAUCGCGGUGCUCUGCGGUUGGGCGAUAAUGGCCUGGAUGGUCUAUCUCAUGCUUGUUACAGCAAGGACCGCGCCCAAGAUUUAUGACCCAUAUGAGAUUCUCGGAGUGUCUCGAAGUGCCGACGAGAAAGCCAUAUCACGCCACUACAAACGGAUGUCUCUCAUUUACCACCCGGACAAGAUUAGACCAGACCCUGCAAAGAACGAGACAAUAGAGGAUCUCAACGAACGUUUUGUCGAGCUGACCAAGGCCUACAAGGCCCUGACCGAUGAGGAAAUUCGCAACAACUACUUGCAAUAUGGGCACCCUGAUGGCAAGCAGAGCUACAGUAUCGGUAUCGCUUUGCCUAAAUUGAUCAUCACCGAAGGAAGCGGUAAAUACGUUCUCUUGGUUUACGGUGGCCUGCUUGGCAUUCUCUUGCCCUAUAUCGUCGGAAAAUGGUGGUACGGUUCCCAGCGCUUCACUCGGGAGAAGGUUCUCGUUGCUAGCGCUGGCAACAUUUUCAGGGAAUACAAGGAGGACAUGCUUGGUGGCCGUGUCGUGAGCGCUCUGUCUACUGGUGAAGAGUUCAAGGGCUUGUUGAAGGGUCCCAGGGCGGAAGCUGGUCUGGCAAAGGUCGAGAAGAAAGUAUUGGCCAUUGAUGAGAAGAUCCUGACGACUGUUGACCGCGAAACACUUCGAAAACUGGAUGAUUCCACAAGGAGAAAGACUCUGGCUUUAUUAUGGGCAUAUCUCAACCGCCUCGAUCUAGAGGACACGACACUCAAUGAAGAAAAAUUUGAAUCUGGUUCCAUCGCCUUGUCACUGAACGAAUCCUUCACCGCUAUUGCUCUGGCUUUUGGCAACCUCUUACCUGUUAUUGGCGCGUACCGCAUGUCUCAAAACCUAAUCCAAGCUGUUGCGCCCGGUUCUUCUCCCCUUCUUCAAUUGCCAUACUUCACCCCAGAAGUCGCCAAGGCAGUUGAGGGCAGCGAUGCCAAGACACACCUUUCUGUUCAGAAGUACAUGAAUUUACCGGAGGAGAAAAGACGUUCCUUGACUGUCGGACCUGGUCUGUUGACAGAUCAACAAUACCAAAGUUCAAUAGCUGUUGCCAAGCAACUACCGUACCUUGAGAUUUCAAAGGCGUUCUUCAAGGUUGUUGGAGAGCGAGUGAUUACGCCUAGCAGUUUGGUUCAACUUGUGAUAAAGGCACGCAUCGUUCCCCCUGGCACAGAAAAUGUGCCUAAGGUAAAUGAACUGGACUUGGAAGAUAUUGAUCCAGACGAGGGCGAUUUGGAUGCCCUGCUCAACCGGAAGCCAGGCAAGGCUAGGAAGGUCAAGAAGUCAGAUGGAUCGAUUGUGGAAGAGAAGCAAGAUAUCAUUCAGCCCUCGCUUGCACACGCCCCAUAUCUGGCACGUGACUACUCGCCGAGGUGGUAUGCCUUCCUUGCCGACCCAAAGCAAGGAAAAAUUGCAGUUCCUCCAUUCCCCUUUACGACAUUUGAUAAGCCCAUCUUUGACGAGAAUGGCAAGCCUACAUUCAACGUGCAAACGCUCAAGAUGCAAUUCCAAGCUCCGCCACAAGCGGGCGACUUCUCCUUUGCGCUCCACCUUGUCUCUGACAGUUACAUGGGAUUCGACGCUAAGCAAGAAAUCACAUUGCACAUCGACGACCCGGCCAAGGCUGCCGCUCUAGAGGAGGAAGACGACAUCAGCGAGCCCGAUGAGGAUUCUAUUGCCGGCCAAAUGCAGGCUCUAAAGACCGGUGCUGCACCACCCAAGAAAAAGACAAAGCCAGCACACGAUGACUCUGAUGAGGAAAGUGACACAGAAGGUGAAGUCGAAGACACAAGCGAGACGGAUACCGAAACAGAUACAGACGAGGAGUAG